GGCGCUUGAAAGGAGAGUAAACGUUUCUCCCAGCAGCAAAUGGCAAGGAUGUGGGCUGACUAUCCCUUCCUGUUUUACAGCCACCGGAGCUCCGUGGAGCAGAAAGACGGGCGGGACGCAGGCGAACAUGUCGGGAACCACAUUGGGCUCGUCCCCCAGGCGGACAGUCUUUGAAUAGCGCGUACUGCUCGCUGCUUUGAAGCGUAGCAGGCAGGCAGACAGACAGACAGGCAGGCAGGCGGCCAGGCAGGCCUGCUUCUUGCCAUUCUGUUGCAGUGUGCCUCCGCCAAUGCUUGCCCUUCUCUCGGUCUCAUGGCGGAGACCAAAAUCAUUUAUCACAUAGACGAGGAGGAGACUCCCUAUCUGGUCAAACUCGCGGUUUCUCCGGACAAAGUCACCUUAGCCGAUUUCAAAAAUGUGCUCAACAAUCGACCCGUCCACAGCUACAAAUUCUUCUUCAAAUCGAUGGACCAGGAUUUCGGGGUUGUCAAAGAAGAGAUUUCUGAUGACAACUCCAAGCUGCCUUGCUUCAAUGGCAGGGUGGUGUCCUGGUUGGUGCUUGCAGAGAGCACUCACUCUGAUGGAGGAUCCCAGUGCACAGAGAGCCACCCAGAGCUGCCCCCUCCUCUGGAGAGAACAGGCGGCAUCGGUGACUCCCGGCCCCCUUCUUUCCAUGCCAACGCAGUAAGCAGUCGUGAUGGCCUGGAUACUGAGACGGGCACAGAGUCACUCCUCAGCCACCGGCGCGAACGGGAAAGAGAGCGCACGCGGAGAAGAGCUCGAGAAACCGAGCUCCCUCGCAUCAACGGUCACUCUAAAUCCGAGCGCACUGUGAGGGACUCGGCCAUGGGUUACGACAGCCCCUCCGUCAUGAGCAGCGAGCUGGAGUCCAGUUCGUUUGUCGACAGUGAAGACGACAACGACGCGAGCAGGCUCAGUAGCUCCACAGAACACAGCACCUCCUCACAGCUGAUGCGCAGGCACAAGCUCCGCCGACGGAGACACAAAGUCUCCAAAAUUGACCGGUCUUCCUCCUUCAGCAGCAUCACAGACUCCACCAUGAGCCUCAACAUCAUCACCGUCACACUUAACAUGGAGAAGUACAACUUUCUGGGCAUCAGCAUUGUAGGUCAGAGUAACGACCGCGGCGACGGCGGCAUCUACAUCGGCUCCAUCAUGAAGGGGGGAGCCGUGGCUGCUGAUGGCAGGAUAGAACCCGGAGACAUGCUCCUGCAGGUGAAUGAUGUCAACUUUGAGAACAUGAGCAAUGAUGACGCUGUGAGGAUUCUGAGAGAGAUUGUUUCCAAAACUGGUCCCAUUAGUCUUACUGUUGCCAAAUGUUGGGAUCCCUCCCCUCGAAGCUACUUCACCAUCCCUCGAGCCGAGCCAGUGAGACCCAUUGACCCCGCCGCCUGGAUUUCACACACGACUGCCCUGACAGGACCGUAUCCCCACUAUGGUAACAACCCACCACCACCACUGUCACCGCCACCCUCACUUUGUAAUACAGAACUCAUUAGGUUCGGGUGGGGGUUGCUGUUUGUUUGUUUCUUCUUCAUAUUUGCAGAGUUUGACGAUUUGCCUCUAUCAACAAGCAAAACAGACAUGGCAACCAUCGUCAAGAUUAUGCAGUUGCCGGACUCCAGCCUGGAGAUUCGGGACAGGAUGUGGUUAAAGAUCACCAUUGCCAAUGCUGUCAUUGGCGCUGACGUGGUGGACUGGCUCUACUCCCGAGUGGAGGGCUUCAAAGACCGGCGGGAUGCCAGGAAGUAUGCGAGCAGUCUGCUCAAACACGGCUACCUGAGACACACCGUCAACAAGAUCACCUUCUCAGAACAGUGCUACUACACAUUUGGGGACCUUUGCCAAAACAUGGCGUCACUCAACUUAAACGAGGGAUCCAGCGUCGGGGGCUCUGAGCAGGACGCUUUGGCACCGCUGCCCCCCGCCGCCAAUCCCUGGCCCUUGGGGGGCCAGCCGUUCCCCUACCCUUCGUUCCCCUCCGCGCCCCCCUGCUUCCCGCCCGGAUACUCGGACCCGUGCCACAGUUUCCACAGUGGGAGCGCAGGCAGUCAGCACAGUGAGGGAAGCCGUAGCAGUGGCUCCAACCCCAGCGCUGGCAAGGAGAAGGCACCCAAGUCGACAGGCAGCGAGUCGGAGGCGGCCACGCGUGGAGGAAGGCGCGCCGACAGGUGCCCCAGCCAAAUGAGCCAUCGCAGCCACGCCCGAUCCAGCCGCCAGCCCGCCUCCUUCACCUACGGCCACCUGUCCCCGUCCCAGCCGGGGCCGGGCUCCUGCGCCCGGAGCGAGCCCAGCCACGCGUCCUCCUACGGCCCCCCCGGCUUGCCGCCGCCGUAUUGUCUGGCCCGGCUGGCCCCCAAGGCUUCCGUCAGCGGCAGCACGCCACCGGGAGCGCCCCCCGGGAGAGAGCUCGCUGCCUUUCCCCCUGAGCUCACCGCCAGUCGCCAAUCCUUCCAGCACGCUAUGGGCAACCCCUGCGAGUUUUUUGUUGACAUCAUGUGACGGGACAAAACGGCUGCCGCCGCUGCCUCUCCCUGUCGGAGCGAACCCCUCGACUGGCUCUCUGACUGACCCGCUGCCGGCAAAGGACAAUGGGCAGUUGUGUGGCUGAAGUGUACCGUUUGUGAAGUGCUGUUCAAUGUGGUGAUUCUUCAAAGCGGCCAAAUGAGCCUUCCUUCAUUCCAUCUUGCAUGUUCGCCCCUGCAAGACCUUUAAGCCGGCCAGGUUUGGAUUUCAAUCCCCAGACCGCCAACAACGUGGCCGCCCACCUCUUUUGACCGUGCCCGAUGCUGUAGCAUCACCACUGUUCCCUCCCGCCAAGCGCUUACCUGCCAACCGCUCACACUCUACCUCUGAUCAGCUUGCGAUCAGCGGCUAUCUUGGUCUCGGUUGUAUUGUAACGAGGUGACCGCCUCGCGCGUGACUUUGAGGCGCUUGAACAAGACAGUUGGUUUAUUUGGGCCGAGCGUUGUUGAAAAGGAACCAGCUGUACGCUGGAGGAUCUUUGUGUUGUAAUUGAUCUGAUUGCGGUGCAUCAAUGGCGCUAUCCGUCAUCCACUGUGGCCGACUGACAAUCACGCAUCAGUCGUCUGUCAAUCAAUGGCCGAUUUCCACCCUCGUUGCUGUGCUUUGUUGAAUGUAUCGUCGUCAGCGUCAGACAUUUGAAAGUUGACCAUCACUUUGGUUUCAAGCCAGGUGAAAAUUGGAUUGCAAACAGUGGAAAUUGUGAACCUGAGACAGUCUUCAAUGAUGUCUUCGAUUGGGGCUGUGUGGCGUGAGCCUCGGCAAAGCAAUUGGGUUUCCGCAAUGUCCACGACGCCACUUUAUAGGUUUGCUAAUUCGGCAAAUAGUCUAUUGAGACGAAUGAUCAAAGAGGUUUUGUUUUUAUCUAUUUAUUUCUUUUCAUUUUAGCAGCACUUGCCACCGCUUGUAUCAGCAGUGACUCACAAACCUUAUUUGGCCUCGAGUAGUCAUCAAACGUGUACCGUACAAGUUGAUGUACGCGGGAGCUGACUGCUCGGCAUAUGCUCACAUCACACGGCCCUAUUUUGUCAAAGAAAGACAGCUUAAUGAUGCCAAAGCACCUCAUCUUUAAAUGUUGUCAUCCUUUGACUACAAGUUAAACCCUGGCCUGAAUAUCCAGACUUCUUACCCCUCCUCCAAAGUUUUCUGAGCACUUUUCCAAGUUGUCUCUCCCUCUCGUUGGUAUCAAACACUGUUGGCAAGCAGAGCUUUCUCCUCAAUCGGCUUUCUUCACAAGCAAAAAGUUAAUUGUACAUAGAAAUUUAUUAUAUAUGAUUAAAAAUCUCUAUGUUGGA